CCAAAAACGGCAAAAGACUAUCGACGCCGAAAUAAAAUUGUGGGGUGGUCCGUAUCCCGGGGUCCCCACUAGCCGUCACCUUCCCUCCACCUUGUCCGAAACGUACCUUCCUUCCGCUUCUCUGAGUCUGUUCGAACAACAUCAUUGCAUUUCUCGUCUAGCGUCUACAACGUUAAUUCCUUAGAAUACAUCCUUUCUUUGUUCGUAACUAGCUAGCAUAGGUACUCUCCCCCUAUUGACUACACCCCGCAUCAUGACGUCUACCGCCCACCGCCGCCUACUCCAAGAGUAUCGCGCUCUCACCAACAACCCACCAGAAGGCAUCACCGCCGGCCCCAUCUCUGAAGACGAUCUUCUUCACUGGGAGUGCCUUAUUCAAGGCCCUGAGGGUACUCCCUUUGAGGGUGGCGUCUUUCCUGCGGAGCUCAAGUUUCCAAAGGACUAUCCGCUUGCCCCGCCAUCAAUGAAGUUCCUCGCCGAUGUGUGGCACCCCAAUGUGUACCCUAGUGGUCUGGUAUGCAUUUCGAUCCUUCACCCUCCUGGCGACGAUCCCAACCAUUACGAGCACGCAUCCGAACGAUGGUCACCUAUUCAGUCUGUCGAGAAGAUCCUAAUCUCUGUCAUGAGCAUGCUCGCCGAGCCCAACGACGAGUCUCCUGCAAACGUUGAGGCAGCAAAGAUGUGGCGUGAACGGCGCACCGAAUACGAGAAUAAGGUCCGCGAAGGUGUCCGAAAAAUGCUGGGUCUAUAGCAUAUAAAUACUUAGUGGCAAGGAGUAUUGGCGCACAUUUUUGACACGGCGAAGCAUGGCAUAGCAUGGUGUUCGGCAGCGGUAUCGCCGCCUAGAUAGAAUUCAUAUACUCA